AUCAACACUGAAGAAGGCGUGGACGAAAAAGACCCGGAGCCUGUCUCCUGGGACCGCAUCAUUCCCGAAGAGAUCGCCAGACAGGUCAAGCCAAAGAUGGUCCAGGCCGAGAGCGUCACCGUCUGGAUCGACCCCUUGGAUGCCACUCAGGAAUACACAGAGAAUCUGGUCCAGUACGUCACCACCAUGGUUUGCGCGGCGGUGGACGGUAAACCAGUAAUCGGAGUCAUCCACAAGCCAUUUUCUGAAUAUACCGCUUGGGCCAUGGUGAGCGGAGGCUCCAACAUCCAGCCGCGCCCUUCCUACAACGAGCAGACGCCCACCAUCAUCGUCUCGCGAUCCCACGAAGGCGCCGUCAAGGAGGUGGCCUGGCAGAGCUUUGGGAAUAAAACCGCCAUCAUUAACGCCGGCGGAGCCGGGUAUAAAGUAUUAUCUCUCCUGGACGUGCCGGAAGCCCACCAGGAGCGAGCCGACAUCUACAUCCACGUGACCUACAUCAAAAAAUGGGACAUUUGCGCCGGCAACGCCGUGCUGAAGGCCCUGGGGGGACACAUGACCACCUUAGCCGGGGAGGAGAUCACGUACACCGGCUCGGACGCGAACGAGGACGGCCUGAUCGCCAGCGUUCAGAUGGACCACCAGACGCUGGUGGAAAAACUCCCGGGUCUCGCCAAAAACUCGCGAAACUGACCUCCCGUUUUCCGAAGGGGUUUAGGGGAGGAAAACAAAACAAAACAAAAGAAAGGUACAACAAAUCCCUGGGGAAAGAUGAGAGACAGGAAGAAAAUAAAUAAAUAAAUAAAUAAAAAUGUGCUCCUUGAGGACCGGAAACUUGCCAGGGCGGCGUUUGGCGAAGGUGAAAAAGGGGCUCCGCUUUUCAAAUUGGAAUCUUUGAGACUGUCGUCGUGUCCAGACACUACUGAGAAGUUUUUUUUUCUCUCUCUCUCUAAUAUAUAUAUAAAUAUAUAUAUAUAUAUAUCGAUGGGUGCUUGAUAAGAACUGAGACAUUUUGAUUUCUAACAUCUGGAAGAGAGAAAAAAAAGUGGCUUUUUGGAGGGUUUUUUUUGGGGGGGUUGACCUGGAAACCGACCGAUAAAUCAUCUUUCUUCUUCUUUUUCCGGGGGAUACAAAAGCCGAAACCGAGUCGACUGUCCCAGCGAUUGGAAGUGACGACACACAAACACACAAACACACAAAAACGGAACUCUUGGGACCAUGAUUAUUGUUAUUAGUUUACGUUUACUUGAAAAUUCAAACCAGCGUCGUGUGGAUGAGCGUUACUCUCUUUCCCUCUGUGGCUUUUAAUUAUUUUUUAAUAAGAGGACAGGUUUUUCCGUGCGUCGUUGCGAAUUGACCCCCCCCCCUCCCCAAUAUUGUUGCGACUACUGAAUAUUAUUGCCACGAUAAACCGUUGUGUUCUUCCCCC